AUGCUUAAAUUUUAUCAAAUGAAAUAUAUUUUUCAAAUAUUGGAUAAAAUGAGAUGCUUGCGAAAACGUUCUACAGUAUCAUUCCUAGGAGUUCUUGUUGUUUUUCUACUAUUCAUGAACUUGUACAUUGAAGAUAGCUAUGUUCUGGAAGGUGACAAGCAACUUAUAAGGGAAACAUCAACGCAUCAACUAAAUUCUGAACGCUAUGUUCACACUUUCAAGGAUUUAUCUAACUUCUCAGGAACCAUAAAUGUCACCUAUCGUUACCUGGCUGCCACACCUUUACAGAGAAAACGAUAUCUCACAAUUGGACUUUCAUCAGUGAAACGAAAAAAAGGAAAUUAUUUACUUGAGACAAUCAAGUCAAUUUUUGAACAGUCCAGCUAUGAAGAACUAAAGGAAAUUUCAGUGGUAGUGCAUCUAGCUGACUUCAAUUCAUCAUGGCGUGAUACCAUGGUCCAAGACAUUACACAGAAAUUUGCCCAUCAUAUUAUUGCAGGAAGAUUAAUGGUUAUACAUGCUCCUGAAGAGUAUUAUCCAGUUCUGGAUGGUCUUAAAAGAAAUUACAAUGACCCAGAAGAUAGAGUCAGAUUUCGCUCUAAGCAAAAUGUAGAUUAUGCCUUUCUGCUAAAUUUCUGUGCCAAUACUUCUGACUAUUAUGUAAUGCUUGAAGAUGAUGUCCGGUGUUCCAGAAAUUUCUUAACUGCCAUCAAGAAAGUCAUUGCAUCCUUAGAAGGAACAUACUGGGUAACUCUUGAGUUCUCUAAACUUGGCUACAUCGGUAAACUCUAUCAUUCUCAUGAUCUCCCACGUCUGGCUCAUUUCUUACUAAUGUUUUAUCAAGAAAUGCCAUGUGAUUGGCUAUUGACUCAUUUCCGAGGGCUGCUGGCUCAGAAAAAUGUGAUUCGAUUUAAACCUUCUCUCUUUCAGCACAUGGGGUAUUAUUCAUCCUAUAAAGGAACAGAGAAUAAACUGAAGGAUGAUGACUUCGAAGAGGAGUCAUUUGACAUCCCUGAUAACCCCCCAGCAAGCCUCUAUACCAACAUGAAUGUCUUUGAAAACUAUGAAGCAAGCAAGGCAUACAGUAGUGUGGAUGAGUACUUUUGGGGAAAGCCACCUUCCAUAGGAGAUACGUUCGUUAUUGUAUUUGAAAAUCCAAUUACAAUUAAAAAAAUUAAAGUGAAUACUGGAACAGAAGAUCGGCAGAAUGACAUUUUACAUCAUGGAGCCCUAGAUGUUGGGGAAAAACUUAUUUUUAGAAAACAAAUAAGACAAUGUGACACUUACUUAAGACUAGGGGAAUUCAAAAAUGGAUACUUUGAAAUGUCAGAUGUGAAUCAAAAAAUUCCCUUUGACAUACAUUGCGUGAGAAUAUGUGUCACCAAAUCGCAGAAAGAAUGGCUGAUUAUCAGGAGCAUCAGCAUUUGGACUUCCUAG